AUGGAAGUUUACAAAUACCCAGUUUUCUUCGAGUGCCAGACUCUGGACCCAUCACAGAAAGAGAAGAUAAAAAAGUACUUUCAAAUUCGCCGUAAAUCCGGUGGCGGAGAUUGUGGACCAGUAGAAUCAGUUGGUGACAACGUUUACAAGGUUGCGUUUAUUUACCGGAAAGGUAUGAAAAUGUUUAGGCGAAGUGAUAGGAUAUUGAAUGCCUUUUUUAUUUAUUUUUUACCAUGCGCUCUUGCCAAUGUCUGUUCAUAAAUUAAAGUUAGUUUGUUCAAUAUAUGAUUUAUUCUAUGGCCUAUUUGAUUACAAUUUAUCAUUUGAAUAGGCCUACAUUUGGGUAAGACAAUCAUAUUUAAACUUCAAUGAGGAUUCUCCAAAUCAGAAUGUUUGUCAGACAUGCGGUUUUCACUAGUUACCACAGCCACAAAGUCAGAAUUGGCUAUCAUGAAUAUUCAUGAAAAGAAAAAUGCUUUUUGGUCUCGAUUUAAGGUUUGGCAUAAGGUUAGCAGUGUGGUUAAGGUUAGGUUUAAGGUUAUUGUUAGGUUUGAAAUAAUAUUUUAUUAAGAAAAUAAAUUGUAGUAAGAGGCAGGGUUUAUGACUUUGUGGCUAUGGUAACUAGUGAUGACUGACAUUCAGCAAAUAAAUCUGGUUUUGGAGUAAAUUUCACUUUCACAUAGCCAGGCUACAGGUAUGCAGACAGGUAUGCACAAAUGCAUUCCUUUGGCUUUUCAUUAUAUGUAUUAACUCUACAGUACUUUAUCAAUUUAAAAGGAAAUAACAUUUUUAUUUUAAUAACUUUUAUGAUUAAUUAAGAACAUUAUAGAUGUAUAUACAGUGUAUUACUUUAGAGAUUACAGCACAACUCCUUUAGUUUAUGUAGCCUUUAACUCUUCAAGUCCUGGACUAAAUGCAAAAGGCUUAAUUAAUGCAGUAAAAAAAUAUUAUAAUCAUUUCUGUUGUUGUUAUUGUUCUUACUGCUACUACUACUAAUACUACAACAACAACUCAUUAUGACUCUGUAACUCUUCCAGUCCAGGAGAGGGUACUUCAGAAAACUCAUCAUGUGUUGGAGAUGCCUGGGGGACCUCUUUCCCUCACUCUGAGAGGCAGCCUGGAGCCUCCACCCACAACAACCUCCCCAGUAAGCAGUCAGGCGGUGACGCCCGACUAUACAGACACAACUACAGUAUAGAGUACAGGCUGAGUCACAUAACCUGUUAGAUAAGACAUUUAUUUUCCCUAACAUGAGGUCAAAGUACACAGACGUCAAUGCACUGUUGUUGUAUUUGCAUCCCAGUAAACACAUAGCUUAGUCAUACAUCGUGGAUCUGCCAGUCAGGUAAUAACUAUAAUAUCCCUUCAAAUGAGGCCAAAAUAGUCUGCACUGAUUUUAUUGCAUGUUUGGUGUAUGUUAUAUUGUAAUAAGUAACAUCAUAAUUUACAAUAUGAGGAAUGACAAGAACAUACAUUUUAGCAAAACAAAUCUGUACUACACUAAAUGGACAAAUGCCAAACCAGUUUUUUUUUAGAUGUAUCAGAUAAUCCAGACGCAGCUGUACGGUUGACCUACAAUAAUAAAUCAAUAAUAAAUGUAGAUAAAUCCAGACAUAAUAAUCAUUAACAGUAGAAUUAUCCAGGACUUAUACCUUUCUUUUCUGACUGUAGCGUCACCAACUCCUCCCAUUACGUCCCUUCUUCCCAGUCCAGACAUCGCCACCUGGUGGCCUAGAGCAUGAACUCCAUCUAGACUCCUACCUCCUGCGCUACCUGAAGGAGAGCCCUGGGGCUGGAAAAGACCUGCAGCAGCAGCUGGCCUUUCUGGGCUGCUCUGUCCAGCUCCACCAAGAGGACGGGAGGGCAGUGGUCAGAGACUCAGGCCAAGCUGGGUCAUGUGGAGAUGGAAUCGGGGUUGGGGUGGGACCAUGGAAGGCACAGGUAGAGAAACUGUUCAAACAUCUCCAUGAGCGGUACCAAUGCCACUAUGAGGUAGACGCAUGUAAGCUCCAGACGCUGCUGCAGAGAAGUACCCUAGGUUCGAAGGAUGUGAGGGUUUACUGCGAGGCAGGGUUUGCAGUGGUGGUUGGAGAGGAGGCUGAGGUACAGGCCAAACUGAAGGAGUUGGAGGCCUUCCAGGCUCAGGGUCUGAGUUCAGGGAAGCAGGAGAAGAUCAGCACCACUUGUCGUCUGGAACCGGCCAAGCUCCGUCUUCUAGGGGAAGUUAUAGAGAAGGAUCUAGGUGAGGCUGUUCCUGGAGUGAGAGUGAUGCGCGGUGACUCAGCUCAGCUGGUGCUGGAGGGUUCAGCAAGUGAAGUCCGGACAGCCAGACAGUUAGUUAUAGAUAAGAUCUCUCUGGUGCUGGAGCGGGUGGUGCCUGAGGUGUCCCUCCACCUCCUGUCCUUCUUGAGGCAGGAGUAUGGGAGGCCUGAGCACCUGAGCAGCCUGCUGGGGUUUGGAUGCCAUGUGAAAGUAGAGCUGGGGGACACAGAGCUCCGUCUGUUCGCCCUCUCCUCCUAUAAACUGGACCAGGCUGAGAAAGAUCUGCUGGGGGAGUUUGGGGAGGAGAAGAUCGACUUGCCCAACAGUGCUGCCAUCCCGGCUGAACUGAGGUCCAAGCUUGAGAAGAAGGUGAAGGAGAUGAACCAGAGCAGGUGCAGGGUGGUGGCCAGGUACGGUCCUGGGUGUAGAGUGCAGCUGCUGGGCCACCUGAAGCAGGUUCAGGAGCUGAGGGAGGAGAUCGGGGCCUUUCUCAUAGACCGGUCCAGUGUAAGAGUCGUGGGACGCCCUCAACAGAACCAUGGUGGCAUAGUCGGUGAAGCGGGCCCCGGACCAAGACGUGAGGAGAUGGUCGCAGCCACCAGCUAUCACCUCCAGGGGGGAUUGCAGGUAGUGGUUUGUCAGGGUGACAUCACCAAGGAAUGGGCGGACGCGCUGGUGAACGCAGCCAAUGAGGAUCUGGAUCACGCUGGGGGCGUGGCUGCAGCUCUGAGCCGGGCGGGGGGACCUGAGGUACAGCGGGCCAGCAGGGAUCUGGUUAGGCAGAUAGGGAGAGUACCCACAGGUACAGUAGUAGAGACUACAGGAGGGAAUCUGCCUUGUAAGAUGCUGCUGCAUGCGGUGGGACCAGUAGGGGGCAGCGUAGGUGGGAAUGAGCGCCCUCUGCUGGAGAAGACAGUAAAGGCAGCCCUGGAUCUGGCAGAGACCAUGGAGCUCCAGACCCUGGCCAUGCCCUGCAUCAGCUCAGGGAUAUUCAGCGUUCCUCUGAAGGUGUGCUCAGAGGCCAUAGUCUCUGCAGUGAGGGACUUUGGGAGGGAACAGCGCAUCCUUACCAAGGUCACUCUGAUUGAUGUGAGUGGAGAGGCAGUGAAAGCCAUGCAGGAGGCCUGUGAUAGGCUGUUUCAGGGGAAGAGGGAGUUUUCUGGGUGGGAGGGAGAGUCUAGCACCACCACCACUACCACUACACAUGCUCCUCAGAGAGACACCACUUCUGCCUCCACCAGGGGAGCAGCGGCUCCAGAGGUCUGUGUCCAGCUGGAGAUCAUCCAGGGAACCAUAGAGAAGCAGAAGGUGAGAGAGAGACACACAGUGACAUGGCCACAGCCUUCAUUCAACAAUAUUCUGUGAAUUAUGUUGACUUCAUACUGAUUCAAUGUUCCCGUUCUCUUUGACACUUUCUCUUCCUUUUUCUGUUACCCUUUUUCUUUAUUUAUUUAUCUCUUUCUGUCUUUCUCUCUCUGUCUGUCGCUCUGAAGGUGGAUGCCCUUGUGUCCCCAAUGGUUGGUAGUGACCCUCUCUCCUCCCGUGUUGGUAAUGUCUUGUCGAAGGCAGCUGGACCGGGGCUGAUGAAAGCAUUUCUGAGGGAAUCAAGGGGACAGACUGCACCUGGUGACAACGUCCUGGUGGAGGGAAUGUCUGGUCUCAGCUCUGGCUGUGUCUUCUUCCUCAGCUGUGCACACUGGGACAACAACCCCCAAGGACAAGCAGUACAGGUGUGUGUGUGUGUGUGUGUGUGUGUGUGUUAUGACCUUGAACCUCCAUUAACACUUGAUCUCUGGUCCUCUCUCAGGCUCUGAGGCAGGGUGUGAGGAAAAUCCUGACCUCUUGUGAGAAGCAGGGCUUCCGUUCCGUUGCCUUCCCUGUAGUUGGAACUGGUGUGGUUCUCCAGUUCCCUCACAACGUGGCAAAGCAGGUUCUGCUAGAAGAGAUCCGUCGGUACGAGCAGAACCGAGCGAGCAGAACCCCCUUCCUUAUCCGCAUUGUCGUCCAUCCCAAUGACAGAGAUCCUACCAAGGUGAGGAAGGACUUUUAAAGAAGGUCUCAAAGAAUUAAACUAAAUGGCCAUUAACUUAAAUAUGUAUCAGCCUAACACAUUGCAGAUUAUCUGAAGCUGUUUAAUAAUACUGUGUAACACAUCCAUAAUUGCAGAUUUGUUUAAUAAUUGCAAUUACAGUCCUUCAUUGCAGUUGUAUUGUUUGUUCUAAUCUACAGGCUUUUCAAAUUGCCCAGAAUGCUUUGCAUCUCAGAGGGUUCGUAUUGGGUGCUCGACCAGAGCAAGGUGAGUUACAACAUUUCAACCCUACCUUCAAAUCAAAUUCAUUAUUACUAUAUGAUUGAUCCAUUUCAAGUUAUAAUUAUGAACCGUCCCUAUAGACAUCAGGAUUGUGCUGCUGGGGAAAACCGGAGGAGGUAAAAGCAGUGCUGGAAACACCAUCUUCGGACAAGAUGAUGUGUUUUUCGCAGGCAGUUCAUCCACCUCCGCAACUCAGAUAUGUGAAGCGCAGACCAAGAACAUCAAAGGAAGAAACAUCACCCUGAUUGACACACCUGGAUUCUUUGACACUGACAUAACUGAAGAGGAGCUGAAACCUAAAAUAGUCAAAUGUAUAACAGAGUGUGUUCCGGGGCCGCAUGCCUUUCUCAUUGUACUGAAAGUGGAACGGUACACAAUCCACGAGAACGAAGCCGUGGCGAAAAUCGAGACAUAUUUUUCACCAGAGGCCUUCAAAUAUACCACAGUCCUCUUCACUCAUGGUGAACAACUCAAUGGUUUGACCAUUGAGAAGUUUGUCCAACAGAAUGAUGAACUGAACAAGCUUGUGGAGAAAUGUGGAGGCCGCUGUCACGUCAUCGACAACAAAUACUGGAACACCAAUCAGCAGGGUCGGCACAGCAACCAGUACCAAGUAGCAGAGCUACUCAACACCAUAGAGAAGAUGGUGAGAGAGAACGGAGGAGGAUGCUACACCAACGAGAUGUUUCAAGAGGCAAAGAGAAAAAUAAAAGUAGAUAUAGAGUCUUAGAAAGGCGUCAACGGGCCAGAUGUCAGAGGAAGAGAUGAUAAAACGGGCUAAAGCAAAAGUGAGGAAGAAACUCUUUAUCAAAUUCUCAGGUAUACUAACAGGUGUAGUGCAGUGGCGGUCAGUGCCAUUUAAGAUGAGGGAGGACAAUUUAUUUUCAUGAGCAUGGCCAUAUUUCUAUUACAGCAUAUUGGAUGACUGUCAUUCAUAUUCCAUUCACCCAGUUCAAUGUAACAGCGAUAGGUUUAGGCUACUUUAUGAUAAUCAAAUUGUCCCAAUACCCAUCAUGAGGUUGCUACAACCUAGCCUAUGAAGGAAAGUUUACAACGUAGGUGCACAGGUCGAGAGACAAAUUUGAGGUGACAGACAGUGACACAUGGACAGACAGUGACAUUCAAUACCGCCUUGCACACUCUUGCCUGCAUCUAGCUGAUAUAGGAUGUAAUCAUUAGUCCAACAGUUGCAAACGAGAGUUUCUAUUGGACAAAUUCAAGUAUGUUUAUCCCCUUUUGUUCCGUUUGCUUCCGUUACAUUUUUUUUUUUCAACAGAAUCGCCGGAAUGAAUACACCCCUGAUCACGCGUAAACACACAGCCACGUUGUAAUCCUUCUCGCAUCCAUGUGCUCUCCUCCUCUCACCUCGUUCCUUCGCUUGUGGACUUCAAUGCACAACACAUCAGCUGUAUGUGACCAGGCGAAAAAACCUUUCCAAGCCAAACUGCUACACACAGCCUACAUCGUUGUCACCAUAUUAGCUAAAGUAACAUCAUAGUCAGUAUAGCUAAUAGAACUAACGCGUUAGUAGACCCGCUACAAUCAUGCUGUAACGUUACUGUGUACAGUCAAUAAGCAGUUACACCGGCGGGCCCCGGUGGCAAUAAAUUAGUAAAACCAAAAGCCUUGACUUAGAAAAGUUCCAGUGUUGUGUUGGAUAGUCAUAGCCAGCUAGCUAACAUAGCAUCCCUCUGUUUGAGCAGGGUGUUUCAGUAGGCUAAGCUAGCAAGCUGCUUUUGCUAGCUAAGUAAGUGAAACUUAAAGUGAAAAAAAAGACAAUCUAUCUUUAUAUAUAUUUCUCUCUUGCUUCUCCUUCAUUUUGGAAUAAAUUAAUUUGUUCAAAACUGUUCAACUAUUGUCUGUCUCUCUCUCUCUUUGAGUCAACUACUCACCACAUGUUAUGCACUGCAGUGCUAGCUAGCUGUAGCUUAUGAUUUCAGUACUAGAUUCAUUCUCUGAUCCUUUGAUUGGGUGGAAAACAUGUCAGUUCAUGCUGCAAGAGCUCUGAUAGGUUGGAGGACAUUCUCCGGAAGUUGUCAUAAUUACUGUGUAAAUCCAUGGAAGUGGGUGAGAACGAUGAGUCUCCUAGGAUUUGUAUUGAAGUCAAUGUACCCAGAGGAGGACGGAUGCUAGCUGUCCUCCGGCUACACCAUGUUGCUACCCUACAGAGUGCUGUUGAGGCUACCGUAGACCUUCUUUGCAAAAUAGUGUGUUUAAAUCCAUUAUUUGGUGACGUGAUUAUGUUUAGUUUAGUUUUGUCUAAAAAGGAUAACCUUUUAAAUGUUUUAACAUUUUUACUUUUAUGAAAUUCACUGAGGAUGGUCCUCCCCUUCCUCCUCUGAGGAGCUUCCACUGGUGUAGUGGUAGGCAUAGCUGCAGGAACAGGAGCAUUAAGAGGAGGGAUAGAAGGAGCUACUGUAGCAGAGGAGGCAGAGACAGUACAGGAGGCCGCAGAGAAAGCAGCUAGUGCUGUCUACAAGGAAGCUAAGGGUCUUUAUGACCAAGCAGAAAACCUUUUGAUA